UUGGUCGGAUCGCAGCACGUGACCAACACGAAUGGCGGAAACAUAAAUCGCAGCACCGCAGGCCGACAUGGAGCUGAUGUUCUCUACUUUACUCUUCUAGUUGUUUAAUUAUGUCUACUUUAGUGUUGGACAACGGAGCGUACACAGCGAAGAUCGGCUACAGCCACCAGAGCCUCAGCGUCGUCCCGAACUGUCAGUUCCGUUCCAAGACGUCGCGCCUGAAGACGUUCACGGCCAACCAGCUGGACGAGAUCAAAGACCCUUCGGGGCUCUUCUACAUCCUGCCCUUCCAGAAGGGUUACCUCGUCAACUGGGAUGUACAGCGGAAGGUGUGGGACCACCUGUUUGGGAAGGAGCUGAUGAAGGUGGAUUUUGCGGACACCAGCGUGAUCGUCAGCGAGCCCCUGUACAACUUCUCCUCCAUCCAGGAGUCCAUGAACGAGAUCCUGUUUGAGGAGUACCAGUUCCAGUCGGUGCUCAGGAUCAACGCCGGCUCCAUGAGUGCACACCACUACAUCCAGACGAACCCGUCGGUGCUGUGCUGCCUGGUAGUGGACAGUGGAUACUCCUUCACCCACAUCACCCCCUACUGCCGCGGGAGGAAGAUGAAGAAGGGCAUCUGCAGGCUCAACGUCGGGGGGAAGCUGCUCACUAACCAUCUCAAGGAGAUCAUAUCAUACAGACAGCUCCAUGUGAUGGACGAGACCCAUGUGAUCAACCAGGUGAAGGAGGACGUCUGCUACGUGUCCCAGGACUUCUACCAGGACAUGAAGAACGCGCAACUGAAAGGAGAAGCUAACACCGUGAUGAGGGACUACGUCCUUCCUGACUUCAGCUCCAUCAGAAAAGGCUUCUGUAAGGCCCCGGAGGACAUGCUCUCCUCUGGGAAGUACAAGACGGGCGAGCAGAUCCUGCGUCUGACCAACGAGCGCUUCGCCGUGCCCGAGACGCUCUUCCACCCCUCAGACAUCGGCAUCCAGGAGAUGGGCAUCCCCGAGGCGGUGGUCAGGUCCAUCAGCAGCAUGCCACCGGAGAUGCAGCCCCACCUCUACCAGAACCUGGUGCUGACCGGGGGGAACUGCCUGUUCCCGGGAUUCAGGGAGCGGGUGCAGCGGGAGGUCCGGGCCCUGGCCCCCGCCGACCUCCCCGUGGCGGUGCUCCUGCCCCCCAAUCCGGUGGGCUACGCCUGGGAGGGCGGGAAGCUGCUCGCUGACGACCCCGACUACGACGAGAUGGUGGUCACCCGUGAGGAGUACGAAGAGAACGGCCAUUUCAUCUGUGAAGAAAAGUUUGAUAUUUGAUGCAACGGCUAAACGGGCUGUUUCCCAUGAUGCCUCCUGAAUACAUGGUUCUUAAUGCUAGGUGAUAACUAGUGAAUAAGGCCUGUCGGGGGGGGCUUUUGUUUUAUUUGUUGGAAGACUCGAGAAUAUUGGCUUGUAUAAAAAGUUUGGUAGAAAGUUUUACGUUUGUUUUUAUUUGGUUAUGGUCAGAGUAUGGAGGAUUUAGGGGAGCUUUAUGUUUCAUAUUUACCGGCAUAAAAAUGUGUUUGCAGCCAUGUUGAGUAAAACGUCUUCAUUGCUGGGCAUGUUGUUUAUGUAAGCCUUCUCUGGUUUAGGAUCAACACUGUUAAACCAACAUGUACUUUCUGACCAAACGGUGCAGUUUUAUGUGCCAGAAGAAGGAUAAAACUGUGUGAGGACCCAGAACGUGACCAAAUAAAUGUUUUUUUUAUAAAA